CUCCAAACAUCUCUCUUCUCUCAUAUAACUAUUAAGCUGCGAAAACAAAACUUAAAAAAAAUAAAAAACGAGCGAACAAACAAUAGAAUUAGAAAGCAAAGAAAGUGAAAAAAUGGACAAGUACAAGCAGAUCUGGAUAGCCAUUUGCAGUGUGGCCUUACUGGCUGUAUCAGCUUCAGCAGACGACGUCGUUGUCCUAACAGAAGAUAACUUCGAGAAGGAGGUCGGUCAAGAUAGAGGCGCUCUCAUCGAGUUCUACGCACCUUGGUGUGGACACUGUAAAAAGCUCGCUCCUGAGUAUGAGAAACUUGGAACAAGCUUUAAAAAGGCUAAAUCUGUUUUGAUUGGAAAGGUGGACUGUGAUGAGCAUAAGAGCUUAUGCAGUAAAUAUGGUGUUUCUGGAUAUCCAACAGUACAAUGGUUUCCUAAAGGAUCUUUGGAACCCAAGAAGUAUGAAGGGCCACGUACAGCAGAAUCUCUUGCUGAGUUUGUGAAUAGUGAAGGAGGUACCAAUGUCAAGAUUGCUGCAGCUCCAUCCAGUGUAGUGGUGCUGACAGCUGAUAAUUUCAAUGAGGUUGUGUUGGAUGAAUCCAAAGAUGUUUUGGUUGAGUUUUAUGCACCAUGGUGUGGCCAUUGCAAAAAUCUUGCUCCCACGUAUGAAAAAGUAGCUGCAGCUUUUAAAUCAGAGGAUGAUGUAGUUAUUGCCAAUCUAGAUGCUGACAAAUAUAGGGAUAUAGGUGAAAAGUAUGGAGUAAGUGGUUUCCCAACAUUGAAAUUCUUUCCAAAAGGCAACAAAGCCGGAGAAGAUUAUGAGGGUGGUAGAGACUUGGAAGACUUUGUGACUUUCAUUAAUGAAAAGUCUGGAACCAGUCGUGAUGCAAAGGGACAACUCACCUCAAAAGCUGGUAUAGUUGAACCUUUGGAUGCUUUGGUGAAAGAGUUUGUAGCUGCUAGCAAUGAUGAGAAGAAAGCAGUAUUUUCUCGAUUAGAAGAGGAAGUUGAAAAACUUGAGGGUUCUACUGCAAGAUAUGGAAAGAUAUACUUGAAAUCUGCCAAGAACUGUAUGGAGAAAGGUUCUGAUUAUGCCAAGAAAGAAAUUGAGCGGCUGCAACGCAUGCUUGACAAGUCAAUCAGCCCAGCGAAGGCAGAUGAGUUCACCCUCAAGAAGAAUAUCCUAUCAACAUUUGCUUGAUCUUAUGGAUCCCUUAUCAUCACUGAUCAAUAUCUUUUGGGUUAAUCAUCAGCCAGUUUUCCGGGGAUGGGUUCCCCCUUCUGCUUUCUGCCGCACCCAAUAUUUACUUUCAGAUUCAUGGAGUAAAGCUCACCGCAUGUGCUGUAGUGGAGACCAUUUUGAGAACCUCAACUAGCUAGUGCAGUUAUCUUAUAUGCAUUUUUUCUUUUUUUUUUUUUACAUCUCUGUACUUUUCUUUACAAUGACAGGAAAUUCAAAUUUUGAGGUGAACUUUAGACAAACUA